CGCUGCUCUGUUGUGAAUCAGACAGUUGAAUGUUGGCCGUCGUAUCGGUGCCAUGUGGAAAUUUACACAUGUGGAAAUUUACACACGAGGAACACAGUGGAUAUCAUUAAGAUUCAGUUAACUACAGUUUCAUUGAUUUUUAAGUAGUUUUCCUCCUUUAGGAAUGCAUUAAAAUCGACACCCGGGAGGGAUACUGAUCCGGGUGUGUCCAUCACGUGCAAUGAUUGCGGACCUAAGUGAAACUGAUACCUAAAACUUGGUGGCUGCUUGCUCAAUGGAUCUAUUAACUUCUACAGGACCUCUUCUAAUUCUCUUUCUCGUAUGGAUAUCAUACACAAAAGGUGAAAUACGUUGCUACUGCAACGCGCCAUCAUGCGUUCAGACGGGUUAUAUGUGCAAGUCACAGGAGGGACGCUGCUACAGUCUGCUGACGUACGAAGGUGACAGCGCCAAUUCCGCCCACGGUUGCGUGGACCUGUUACAGAUGCGGGAUAGGGACUUGUGCAGUGGGAGGGGAGAUAUUAUCAAGGCCAGAAACGGACAGGAAGAGUGGCCAAUACUCAUGUGCUGCCCAGACGAUAUGUGUAAUUAUAUGGACAAUGUUGACAGCGUCGAUAUGGAAAUAAAAGCGGAGAAUCGUACUCAAAAAGUUAUACAAGAAGACAUCGAAACCAAGGUUCAUCUUAUCAACCAUGACACCCCGAUCCACCACGAGGAGUACUCCUCCGAGAAAGAACUCUGGUUUAAAGCGGCUGUCAUUGCCGUGCCGAUCGCCGGUGGAUUCAUCCUAAUACUCCUGGUGCUACUCGCUGUGCGCAUGCUCAGACAAGACAGUAAACGUCAUCAUCGGCUUAUGCAAAUGAGGAAUCAUCGAAGCUUGACGAAAGCGCAGCUUUACGUCACGGAUCAUUUUUAUCUUGACAAAAACGAGAAGUGUUCUCAUUUGAAAGGCAUCUCGAACUGUGUUGCGGAAAAAAAUUAUACAGCGAAAGAAAAACAUAAACAAAGUCCUGUGUCAACUUUUGUGAAAAUGCCGGACAAGAAGGCAAAAGAUGGCUCAAAUGGGUGUUCUUAUACGAGGGAUUCAGUAUUAAUAUGGGGCGGAACGAAGACAGAGACAAUUAUCAAAGACACAUCCAUUGUGUAAAAAUUUAUGGAGACUCGGACUCAGAGUCAGAGGUUUCAUCGCUUGCCUUGCUUCUUCAACUGGUAUAGCGCAGUGACCUCUGGUGUCAGGAUUGUAUACUAAUGCACUCUCAUUUCAGGGAGACGCGAACCUUCUUUGCUAACUGUGAUGGUUUCUAUGGUAACGUGGUGUCACUCGGACUAAAACUAAUUAUACUGUGUAUACUGCGCAGUACUUGUGCUGAUAUUUUCGUUUUCGUUUGAGUGACACUGACUGUAGAAACAAAGGCAUUUUCUUGGACAAGAAUCUAUUUUUAGACAUUCUCUCCAGGAAUAGAGUCGUAUGUUUUGUAAAUGUAGCAACACAUUGAAUUUCAAUAUACUCUAUCCGUAGACCUAUAAGGUCAGUUUUGCACUCAUAAAAGUCACUAUUUCUACAAUCUAACGACAGGUAUGAAUUCAUUUAAAAGCUGUUUAUCUUUAAAAUAAAUGAUAUCGAGUGGAUAUUAUAACGCCCCACGCAGUAGAAAAAGGUCGAACUUAUUGCAUGCGAAACUGACCUUAUAAGUCCGUGGAUAGAGUAAUAUAGUUCUGUUCAGUUCAACCUACAGCAAUCGUGACAUUCAGGUUCGUCCCGUGCAUGUAUUUUUAUUUGAUUAGAAACUUACCAUUUCGUCCGGAUCAGGUUGAACUGAAUGAACUGGCCAGUAGAAUUUCGGAAUUGACUAUCAACGACCUCGAUUUCAAAUGAUGAUACUCUCCUCUGAUUGGUCAAAUCGGCACCAGCUCAACUGAACUGUUAAAUCAGGUGUAAACUCCACAGACGUGUGUAGUUCACUUCCUGUUUCGCAGGUGGCGCGACUGAUACUUAAAGGAUGGCACUGGUAGUUUCUCGUACCUAUUAUCCCUGAAGAUUCAAAUAUGUUAAGCAGGAACCCGUUCAGAAUAUCGGGCCCGCCCCAUGACCAGUCGACGUUUCGGUGAUUGCGUGAGUGUGGACAUCAUUCUGACACUGGGUAUCAAAGGAAACACUGCGAAUAUUCUAGUAUGAAAUGGUUAAUUCAACGCAUAGAGGAAGAUUACACCUUUACAAUAGGGAGGUUUCGCUAUCUCGCCCGAGAACUGCUACGCCGGGAACGAUGGUCGUUUUCGUUGUAGGAAAUUUCGCAUUUCAAUUGUAUAGAAUUAGGCGUAGGCAUUCACAAUAAAGUUAAAAGAUCGAGAAAACCCGCUGAAAUUUGAUGACGUCAUUCGCAUAAGUGUGGUUGUCUCGGAACGGGGUGGCGAAACUUCGGUAUUGUAGUUUGAAGUAUAUUUUGUUUCAUCGACAUGAGUUAAAAACCAAUAUGAAAUACUAGUAGUCGAAAUUCUUUAAAAAAGGAUUAAUUUCGUCUUUCAUCCCUAGUUUAAAAAAAGAGGGCGUUGGAGUGCCAUGUCUCUGAUCGGAACUAUUCGGGUAUUUCCGUAAGCUACAUUUUACAUAAAAAACCCGAGUAGCUCUGAAAAAAUAGAAUAUUUUGUUGUCUGUAAAUAAUUUCACAUCGUUAAAUUUACGAUGUUGAGAGUUGAAUAGUCUCCCUUCGGAAAGCGUUCGGGAAAUUUCGGUUGUUUCGAACGUUGCUGGACGUUUUCACGAAUGAGGAUCUAAGAUAAUAAGCGGAUGUAAGAUAUUUCAGUGAAUGGAAUGGAUUAUUUA